AUGACUACAUCAGAUCCCAUGGAAAUAGAUUCUAAAGGUGAACUACAAGAAGAACACGUCUCUACUAACGCUGAAGUUGUUGACUUAUUAGUCAAUUUGUGUCGUGAGAUUUCUAAAUCUACUGCUACCUUAGAUUCACGUUACAUAUGGAAAGCUUUAAGACAAAUUCCAUUGUUUAGAACAAAGUUGAAUAAAGAAAAUUUGACCAUCUUUAUUAAUGUGUUGUACCCAGAUACCUCUAGCUUCAAAAGAAAACUUCUACAAACUUUAACUUCCCAAAAAACAAAUGUUGUUGAAAGUGAAGAACUCAGAGAACAGUAUCCAGUCGGAUUUUAUACAUUGAGUAUAAAUGAUAACGUUGAAGUUUCUUCAGAAUUGAACUCCUUUGUUCAUUUAUUGGUUCAGUUAUAUUUGUUAAAAGAAAAUGAGCUAGCCAAGUUACAAGAGUUCAAUUUAAAAGUUGUUAUUCCCAAGAUCCUAAAAUUUUAUGAUAAUAGAAUGUUAGAUUUAAUCAAUUCCAAAUUGUGGUUUUAUAUAGCAAGAACCAACGAAUUAUUUGAAAAUCCAAACCAAAAAAGCAUUCGUUAUGAAAUGAUCAAAUUCUUAAGAAUAGCUACUUUAAAACAUGAUAUAGAGACCCAAGCGCAGUUAAUAACAUGCAUUUUAAGAGACUUUUUAAUCGAUGGAGAAGUUUCUUUGGCUGGUGAUUUUAUUUCUAAAAUUGAUUUUCCUUCCACUAAUCAUCAUCAAGUUUCAUCUCCCUUGGAAGCACGUUACUUUUACUAUUUAUCAAGAAUUAAUGCUAUUCAAUUAGAUUACAGUGCAGCCCACGAAUACAUCAUUGCAGCCAUUAGGAAAGCCCCAAAUUCAAUCUCCAGUCUAGGUUUUUUGCAACAGGCAAAUAAAUUACGUUGUUGUAUUGAAUUGUUGAUGGGAGAUAUCCCAGAAUUGUCAUUCUUCCAUCAAAAAUCUAUGGAAAAAUCGUUAUAUUCGUAUUACUUACUUUCAAAAGCCGUUAAGACGGGUAAUUUGCAUAAAUUUCAAGAAAUUAUCCACAAGUUUAAACAACAAUUGGUUUAUGAUAACACCUACCAGUUAUGUGUCAGAUUAAGGUCUAAUGUUAUUAAGACAGGCAUAAGAAUAAUCUCUUUGACAUACAAGAAAAUUUCUUUAAAAGACAUUUGUCUGAAAUUACAUUUGGACUCGGAACAGAGUGCAGAAUACAUGGUUUCUAGGGCUAUAAGGGACGGCGUUAUUGAAGCCAAGAUCGAUUAUGAAAAGGGGCUAGUUGAAACAUCUGAAGUUUUAAAUGUGUAUGAUACUAAUGAACCAAAAACCGUUUUUAACGAAAGGAUUAAGUUUGUUACUCAACUAAACGACGAAUGUGUCAGGUCUAUGAGGUAUCCAGAAAAGGAUUCGGAUGACAAAAAGAAUGGCGCCAAAAAAGGUGACGAGGAUGAUGACAAAGCUAAUGGUGAUAAUGUUGAAAGUUUGGAAGAUUUAUUGGCUGAGCUAUCGGAUUUUGAUGAUGAUGAUUUUGACGAUGCGUUCUAA